GAGGAGUCCGGGGCGCGCAGGAGCGCGGCGCGGUGGCAGCCGGAGCCCUGGGAGCUGUAGCCGCCGCCGCCGCCGCCGCCGCCGUCGCUGCUGCCGCGGGGCGAGGUCGCCGCCAUGGCCCGCUGGAUCCCGACCAAGAGGCAGAAGUACGGAGUUGCGAUCUAUAACUACAGUGCCUCUCAAGAUGUGGAGCUGUCCUUGCAGGUUGGAGACACGGUUCACAUCCUGGAGAUGUAUGAGGGUUGGUACAGAGGAUAUACCCUCCAAAAUAAAUCUAAAAAGGGUAUUUUCCCUGAAACGUAUAUCCAUUUGAAAGAGGCCACUGUAGAAGACCGUGGGCAGCACGAGACUGUGAUUCCCGGGGAGCUGCCACUGGUACAGGAGCUCACCUCGACACUGCGGGAAUGGGCCGUCAUCUGGCGCAAGCUCUACGUGAACAACAAGGUCACGCUCUUCCGCCAGCUGCAGCAGAUGACGUACAGCCUGAUCGAGUGGCGGUCCCAGAUCCUGUCUGGAACCCUCCCCAAGGAUGAGCUGGCAGAGCUCAAGAUGAAGGUCACAGCCAAAAUAGAUCACGGGAACAGAAUGCUGGGGUUGGAUCUGGUUGUGCGAGACGACAAUGGGAACAUCUUGGACCCAGAUGAAACCAGCACCAUCGCCCUCUUCAAAGCCCAUGAAGUGGCCUCGAAGAGGAUUGAGGAAAAGAUCCAAGAAGAGAAGUCAAUUCUGCAGAACCUGGACUUGCGGGGCCAGUCCAUCUUCAGUGCCGUGCAUACCUACGGCCUCUAUGUGAACUUCAAGAACUUUGUCUGCAACAUUGGGGAAGACGCAGAGUUGUUCAUGGCCCUUUACGACCCGGACCAGUCCACGUUCAUCAGUGAAAACUACCUAAUUCGUUGGGGCAGCAAUGGAAUGCCCAAGGAAAUCGAGAAGCUCAAUAACCUUCAAGCGGUCUUUACUGACCUCAGCAGCACAGACCUCAUCCGGCCCCGCAUCAGCCUCGUGUGCCAAAUUGUCCGGGUUGGCCACAUGGAGCUGAAGGAGGGGAAGAAGCACACAUGUGGACUCCGAAGACCCUUUGGAGUAGCAGUGAUGGAUAUUACCGAUAUCAUACAUGGGAAGGUGGAUGAUGAAGAAAAGCAGCAUUUUAUUCCCUUUCAGCAAAUUGCCAUGGAAACCUAUAUCCGGCAGAGGCAGCUAAUCAUGUCACCCCUGAUAACAUCCCAUGUGAUUGGGGAGAAUGAACCACUCACUUCAGUCUUGAAUAAAGUGAUAGCAGCCAAGGAAGUGAAUCACAAAGGACAAGGACUUUGGGUGUCCUUGAAGCUACUGCCGGGGGACCUCACACAGGUUCAGAAAAACUUUUCACACUUGGUGGAUAGAUCCACAGCAAUCGCCCGGAAAAUGGGCUUUCCUGAAAUAAUCCUUCCAGGAGAUGUUCGGAAUGAUAUUUACGUCACCCUGAUCCAUGGGGAGUUUGACAAAGGGAAAAAGAAGACACCGAAGAACGUGGAGGUGACCAUGUCUGUGUAUGAUGAGGAGGGCGGGCUCUUGGAGAAAGCAAUUCAUCCUGGUGCUGGAUACGAAGGCAUUUCCGAGUACAAAUCAGUGGUCUAUUACCAAGUCAAGCAGCCCUGUUGGUAUGAGACUGUCAAGGUAUCCAUUGCUAUAGAAGAAGUUGCUCGCUGCCAUAUAAGAUUUACCUUCCGACACCGGUCAUCUCAGGAAUCCAGAGAUAAAUCGGAGCGAGCCUUCGGGGUGGCCUUCGUGAAGCUCAUGAACCCGGACGGCACCACUCUGCAGGACGGGAGGCAUGACCUGGUGCUUUAUAAGGGUGACAACAAGAAAAUGGAAGAUGCUAAAUUCUACCUGACCCUGCCUGGAACCAAAGUGGAGAUGGAGGAAAAGGAGCUCCAAGCAUCCAAAACCCUAGCCAACUUUACGCCAAACAAGGAUAGCACGAAAGAUAGCUUUCAGAUUGCCACCCUCAUCUGCUCCACAAAGCUCACUCAGAAUGUUGACCUGUUAGGCUUGUUAAAUUGGCGUUCGAACCCUCAGAACAUUAAACACAACUUAAAGAAGUUAAUGGAGGUGGAUGGAGGAGAAAUUGUUAAGUUUUUGCAAGAUACGCUAGACGCACUUUUUAACAUAAUGAUGGAAAUGUCAGACGAUGAAACAUAUGACUUCCUUGUGUUUGAUGCACUGGUGUUUAUUAUUUCACUGAUAGGAGACAUCAAGUUCCAGCAUUUCAAUCCCGUCCUCGAGACCUACAUUUACAAGCACUUCAGUGCCACUCUGGCCUACGUGAAACUCUCCAAGGUACUGAACUUUUACGUGGCGAAUGCAGAGGACUCCAGCAAGACGGAGCUGCGUUUUGCUGCUUUGAAAGCCUUAAAGUACUUAUUCAGGUUCAUCAUCCAAUCUAGAGUGCUCUACUUGAGAUUUUAUGGCCAAAGUGAAGAUGGAGAUGAAUUUAGUAAUUCAAUCCGCCAGUUAUUUCUCGCUUUCAAUAUGCUGAUGGACAGGCCGCUGGAGGAAGCUGUCAAGAUCAAGGGGGCAGCCUUGAAGUACCUUCCUAGUAUCAUUAAUGACGUCAAACUUGUGUUCGAUCCAGUUGAGCUCAGCGUGCUCUUCUGCAAGUUCAUUCAGAGCAUCCCUGACAAUCAGUUAGUUCGCCAGAAACUGAACUGCAUGACCAAGAUAGUAGAGAGCAAUCUUUUCCGGCAGUCGGAGUGCAGAGACGUGCUGUUGCCUCUGCUGAUAGACCAGCUCAGCGGCCAAUUAGACGACAACUCCAGCAAGCCUGACCAUGAGGCCAGCUCACAGCUUCUGAGCUACAUCCUGGAAGUUCUGGACAGGCAGGAUGUGGGUCCCACGGCGCUGCACGUACAGCUGAUAAUGGAACGGCUGCUGAGAAGGGUCAACCGGACCGUGAUUGGGAUGAGCCGACAGUCUCCCCACAUCGGGAGUUUCAUUGCCUGCAUGAUUGCCAUCCUGCGGCAGAUGGACGAGAGCCACUACAGCCACUACAUCAGCACUUUCAAGACCAGACAAGACAUUAUUGACUUCCUCAUGGAAACUUUUAUCAUGUUUAAGGAUCUAAUUGGAAAGAACGUCUACGCCAAAGACUGGAUGGUCAUGAAUAUGACACAGAGCAGGGUUUUCCUCCGUGCCAUCAAUCAGUUUGCUGAGGUUCUCACAAGAUUCUUCAUGGAUCAGGCAAGCUUUGAACUUCAGCUCUGGAACAAUUACUUCCAUUUGGCAGUUGCUUUUCUCACCCAUGAGUCCCUUCAGCUUGAAACCUUUUCGCAAGCCAAGCGCAACAAAAUUGUAAAAAAAUACGGGGACAUGAGAAAGGAAAUCGGCUUUAGGAUCCGGGACAUGUGGUAUAACCUGGGUCCCCACAAAAUCAAAUUCAUCCCAUCCAUGGUGGGUCCCAUUCUGGAGGUCACACUGACCCCCGAAGUAGAGCUCCGGAAAGCCACCAUCCCCAUUUUCUUUGAUAUGAUGCAGUGUGAGUUCAAUUUCAGUGGAAAUGGCAAUUUCCAUAUGUUUGAGAAUGAGUUGAUCACGAAGCUGGACCAAGAGGUGGAAGGGGGAAGAGGAGAUGAACAAUACAAGGUCCUUCUGGAAAAACUGCUUCUAGAACAUUGCCGGAAACAUAAAUACCUCUCCAGCUCCGGAGAAGUAUUCGCGCUCCUGGUCAGCAGCCUCUUAGAGAAUCUCCUGGACUACAGAACCAUUAUCAUGCAUGACGAGAGCAAGGAAAACCGCAUGAGCUGUACCGUUAACGUGCUGAAUUUUUACAAAGAAAAGAAGAGAGAGGACAUCUACAUAAGAUACUUGUACAAGCUGCGGGAUUUACACCGGGACUGUGAGAACUACACCGAAGCUGCCUACACACUCCUCCUCCACGCUGAACUCCUGCAGUGGUCUGACAAGCCCUGUGUACCCCAUUUGCUUCAGAGGGACACUUACUAUGUGUAUACCCAGCAAGAGCUUAAAGAGAAGCUGUAUCAAGAAAUCAUAUCGUAUUUUGACAAAGGCAAGAUGUGGGAGAAGGCAAUCAAGCUGAGCAAAGAGUUGGCUGAGAAUUAUGAGAGCAAAGUAUUCGACUACGAGGGCCUGGGUGAUCUCCUGAAAAAAAGAGCCUCAUUUUAUGAGAACAUCAUUAAGGCAAUGAGGCCUCAGCCUGAAUACUUUGCUGUUGGCUACUAUGGACAGGGCUUUCCUUCUUUCCUACGGAACAAGAUCUUCAUCUACCGGGGGAAGGAGUACGAGAGGCGAGAAGACUUCAGCCUGCGGCUGCUGACCCAGUUUCCCAACGCCGAGAAGAUGACCAGCACCACGCCCCCAGGAGAGGACAUCAAGUCCUCCCCCAAGCAGCACAUGCAGUGUUUCACCGUAAAGCCAGUGAUGAGCCUGCCGCCCAGCUACAAAGAUAAACCAGUUCCAGAGCAGAUCUUAAACUACUACAGAGCCAAUGAAGUACAGCAGUUCAGAUAUUCUCGGCCAUUCCGGAAAGGAGAAAAGGAUCCCGACAAUGAGUUUGCUACCAUGUGGAUUGAAAGGACCACGUAUACGACUGCCUAUACCUUCCCUGGGAUUCUCAAGUGGUUUGAAGUCAAACAGAUUUCAACAGAGGAAAUCAGCCCUCUGGAGAACGCCAUUGAAACCAUGGAGCUCACCAAUGAGAAGAUCAGCAGCUGUGUCCAGCAGCACGCCUGGGACCGGUCCCUCUCCGUGCAUCCCCUCUCCAUGCUGCUUAGUGGCAUCGUGGACCCGGCUGUCAUGGGGGGUUACUCCAACUACGAGAAGGCUUUUUUUACGGAAAAGUACUUGCAGGAGCAUCCUGAAGACCAGGAGAAGAUCGAGCUGCUAAAGCGACUGAUAGCGUUGCAGAUGCCUCUGCUGACAGAGGGAAUCCGCAUCCACGGGGAGAAGCUGACAGAGCAGCUGAAGCCACUGCACAACCGGUUGUCUUCUUGCUUCCGGGAACUCAAGGAGAAAGUGGAAAAGCUCUAUGGGGUUAUAACACUGCCGCCCAACUUGACGGAGAGGAAGCAAAACCGCACAGGGUCUAUGGUGCUCCCCUACAUCAUGUCGUCCACACUGCGGAGAUUGUCCAUCACCUCGGUGACUUCCUCGGUGAUCUCCAGCUCUUCUAACUCAUCUGAUAAUGCUCCUUCCAGACCAGGAUCUGAUGGGUCCAUCCUGGAGCCCCUUUUGGAGCGCAGGGCCUCGUCAGGGGCCAGAGUGGAAGAUCUGUCCCUCAAAGAGGACAGUGAGAACCGGAUGAGCAAGUUCAAGAGAAAAGACCGGAGUCUGAGCAAGUCCCAGGUCAUCGCAGAGAAAGCAUCAGAACCUGAUCUGAUGAGCCCGGGCAGAAAAGCACAAAGGCCAAAGAGUCUGCAGCUGUCGGACAAUCGGCUGACACCGUUUCAUGGCUCUUCUCCGCCUCAGUCAACACCCCUGAGCCCACCCCCGCUCACUCCUAAAGCAACCAGGACCCUCAGCUCGCCAUCUUUGCAGACAGACGGGCUGAUGAUGGCUACAGUCCCACCUCCCCCUCCACCCAAAAGCAAGCCCUACGAGAGCAGCCAGAGGAGCUCCACAGAGAUUGCAGCCCCACUGCCUGUCCGAAGAGAAGCCAAAGCCCCGCCCCCUCCACCUCCAAAAGUUCGGAAGUCGGGCAUCCUUUCUUCUGAACCUGGAUCCCAGUAAGGAUCUUGCCCUCUCUCUGGAACUGAUGCCUGGGAGCUGGCCUCGGGGAGUCA